CUCUUCUCUCGAAGAUAGGUGCAGAGGGUGUUGACGCGUGGUGGGGACUGGGGAGAGGGCUCUCUCAUCCCCAAAGCACCCGCUGCACCAACGUCGUGGUUCUUUUCUUGGAUUCAAUAGAAAAAAACGAGGCCGGAUGCAGUCAGAUAGACCGCGACAUCGUGCUGCUGGUGCUGCAGCAGGAGGAGCGGGAGGAAACAGCGGUAGUGCGGGUCGCACCACACUGAUGUGGCUGGCUGUGAUCGGAGCUGUUUGUGCUGUUGCCGGGCCCGUUCUCCUGUCCCCCUACGCCAUACAGUCGGUAGGGGAGGGCUCGGUGGGAGUGCUGCGCUUCGGCGGGAAGCUGCUGGACGAGAUCAAAGCCCCCGGCUACCACUUCGUCCUGCCGUUCCUGUACGAGCUCAUCGAGGUCCCGGUGAACGUCAGGACCACGGAGGUUCGGCAGGUGCCCUGCGGCACGUCAGGGGGCGUUUUGGUUCACUUUCCGUUGGUCGAGAUCAUACACCGCCUGCAUCCCGCAAGCGUGGUCAGCACACUCAAAGCGUACGAAGAUUACGAGCAGGCAUGGAUCAUCGAUCGUGUGAGGCACGACGUCAACCUGCUAUGCGCCCGCCACAGCCUGCACGAGGUGCACAUCGACAAGUUCGACCAGCUCGAUGACAUGUUGGUGGCGUCUUUGAAGGAGACUGCUUCGUUGUGGGUGCCGGGGCUCAUGAUCGUCGCGGCGCGCGUUGCCAAGCCCACCAUCCCCCCGCAGCUGCACGGCGACUUUGUCCGCGUGGAGGAAGAGAUCUCCAAGCUCAAGGUUGCCCAUCAGCACGAACAGCUUGUGGUACGGAACGCGGAAAUGGAGCGGUCGAGACAGGUCAUGGCAGCAGAGAAGGACCGAGACAUCGCGAGGAUGACGAUGGCCCGACAAGUGGAGGAGACGGAAGCCGACCUGCGCAUUCAUCGAAUACAAGACGAGAUGCAUGUGGCACGCAGCAAGGACCACGCGGACGCCGCUAGCUACUCCAAGCUUCGAGAGGCGGAAGGCAACGAGCGACGACUAUCCCCCUCUUUCUUGGAGCAGGCGAGACAAAAGGCUCUCUACCAAAACCUCGAGGCGUACUAUGGCAACCGAAUGCCGGAGUAUGUCAGAGUCAACAGCAACAGCAACGGCAAUGGCAACCUCCUGGAUGGCGGGGAGGGUGGCAGCGUCGGUAGCGAGGCAGCGCGAGGCGCAGCAGCAUUUUGGGGAGGGCGGGGGCACGGAUAGGGUUUCUCGACGGUGGCAGCGGAGUAGCCGCAGGUGCGGCGGAGAUGUACAUGUAGAUGGAGGAAUUCCGGAAAAAAGUAGCCAAAGGGCCUAUCGACCAUAGCUGAGCCGCUCUCGUUGGGUACCGUUGCCCCAGUAAAACAUGACGGGGCUCAUUACGACAGGAUGGAGAAGAGAUACGGGAAGGAGUGCGCUGAAAAUACGCUAGGUACAGUAGGCGAGUAGAGAGUGAGAGAAAUACAGAAGAUGCGACCAGCUCAUCGGGCAGAAUGCGCGGACACACUGGUGCAACAUUACUCGCGUACUGUAGCUUGAAUAGAACGCGGGCUAGGGCGCGCGUCCGUGAUUGACCACAUCACACGCGGUCUGGAUUUUGUUCAUAGAACUGUAAAGCAUUUUAUAGUUAACCCAAAGCUCUGCCAUCGAAAGGACUACGUGAAGCCGCUUGCAUCAUUUCAGACUUUUAACGAAAAGUCGGGGUCGGGGGGAACAGUUUUUCACUGUCGAGGUUACUUGGUUGCGUUGCCUGCUGUGUCUGCAUCGUGUUCGCAGGAUUGAGCGUGUCAGAAUAUGUUGCCGACCACGCACAUUCUCUUCCAGCUGAGGAGUCCUUUACCGCGCUCCGCACUGGUUUUGAACGGAAAAACGGACCACCAAGGGACCUCGGACAAAAGAUGAUAGUUUGUUGCGUUUUGGCCCUGGUGGCCGGGUAUUUCUAUCCCGUGGCGAAGAGCGGUAUGGGGUCCUCGGUGGGCAGAUAAUAUUAUAUGUAGUGCCGAAAAUAAACCUGAAAUGCGGUGUGCCUCAAAUGGGUACGUGUGGUUUCGUGUCGCGUUGCGGGAAACGAGGCGGAGAAUGUCUCGUUCCUGCACUCAAGAGUAUGCUCUCCGCUGGCGAU